GGUGCGUCUACUGCACCCAAUCAUUGCCAACAUAGUCUCCUUGUCCCUCUCCAUUUUGGCAAAACCUAUUGGCCCAAGUAUAGAACAUAGAUUCUCUCAAACCAGAAAAACAUGUUAAAAACUCACAGAACUCUCUCAAUAUUGCUUGUGACUCAUCAAUGGCUUCUCCAAUGAGGAGAAAACCUGACUUAAAUAACUGAUAUCUAUGGUCUGAAAGAACAAAAGGUGAAAAUUACGAGCAUAAUCACAUGAAUCCGCAGCAACCAGUUCUUGAUGUGGCUCCUCUCAAUUGUGUGCCAUAUGUUGGUCCAACAAAUCCGGAUGAUACAGUUUCUUCACCAACCAACGAGAAGAUUGAGGCUGCAGAAACCAUUGGUCCAGCUAUGAUAUUGCUGCCUUCACAAUCAACCAGGGAGGAGUUGGACAGUAUCAUGGCUACUAUUAAAAAUGGAGUUGUGUUGACUGGGGCUGCUGCAACAGGAACAGUAGGACCAAUUUUAGGGAAAGUGGAUAUCGGUGAAUUGGAGGAUUCAUACUAUUUUCGUGUUGCUCUUCCUGGGGUAUCAAUGGAUAAAAGAGACUUCAAUUGUGACAUUGAACCUGAUGGAAAAGUACUAAUAAAGGGGAUAUCAACAACUGGUGAGAAAAUAGUAUGCAAGAACUUUCAAAUCUUUCAUAUGCUGACACAAAAUCUAUGCCCGCCGGGACACUUCACUGUCUCAUUCCAGCUACCUGGUCCUGUCAAUAACUACGAAGUUACUAGUCUUUUGGCUGAUGGAAUUUUUGAAGCCAUUGUGAAGAAGAUGUAAUUGAGAAGUGUCAGAAAGCAGUGGCUGCCUGCAAUGACUUCUUCAUCCUUGCAUCCAACUUGGUAGUAAUAUGUUACAGGCUUUAAGCAUCAUUUUAGAAAAUGUGGAGACCAUAAGAACUUGGUGUUUGAUCUACUCUUUUGGAAUCAAUAAAAUAGUUAUCUCCAGCCUUUCCUUUUCUCUGUUCUGUUUUUUUUGUUUUUUUGUUUUUAAUUAAAUAGCUGGCAAUGGUAUCAGUCAUAUGAAAGCUUAUUGGAAGCAGCCUGUUGAACAGAUUCACUGGAAACAGGAAGAAUCAAACUGACAUGCAAGGAUGGUGGAACUUCUCUUAAAUUUGUUUCAUAUUCAGAAAUAAAUCUUCAUUUCCAAACCCCAAUUUUGGAUAUAUUCAUAAUUUUCAUUUGAACUAUUGUGUCUUUCCAAUCACAUACAAUUGGAUAUAUAUAAAAUUGGACUGGUAACUCUUUCCCUUCAUAUUUUGUAAUCA